AUGUCAAAUGAAAAAAGCAUUUGCAAUAAUUCAUUUGCAGAUUAUGAUGAUAGUCUUGCCUUAAAACAGGAAGAAUCAUCGUUGUAUAAUUCGCAUGAUUUUCUAGAUAGCACUAUCGAAGAAUUAUGUGAUCUGUACAAUAAAGAA